AGCCGCUCGCCAGCCAUGCCCGCCGACAGAGAGCUGCUGAGCUCCGCCGCCGCCCGCCCGGAGCCCGGCGAGCAGCAGUACCUGCAGCAGGUACGGCACAUCCUGCAGCACGGCCACCGGCGGGAGGAUCGCACCGGCACCGGCACCAUCUCCGUGUUCGGCAUGCAGGCGCGGUACAGCCUGAGAGAUCAGUUUCCACUGCUCACAACGAAGAGGGUGUUCUGGAAGGGAGUGCUGGAGGAGUUGCUGUGGUUCAUCAAGGGUUCUACAAAUGCCAAAGAGCUCUCUGCAAAAGGUGUGAAGAUUUGGGAUGCUAAUGGGUCUCGUGAGUUCCUGGAUAAGCAGGGUUUCAGCACCAGAGAGGAGGGUGAUUUGGGACCAGUGUAUGGUUUCCAGUGGAGGCAUUUUGGAGCAGAGUACAAAGAUAUGCACACAGAUUACUCCAACCAAGGAGUUGAUCAGUUGCAAAAAGUGAUUGAAACGAUCAAAACCAAUCCAGAUGACAGAAGAAUCAUUAUGUGUGCUUGGAAUCCCAAAGAUAUUUCCCUGAUGGCUUUGCCUCCGUGCCACGCCCUUUGCCAGUUCUAUGUUCUAAAUGGUGAAUUGUCUUGCCAACUCUAUCAGAGGUCUGGAGACAUGGGACUAGGAGUGCCUUUCAAUAUUGCCAGCUAUUCCCUGCUCACAUACAUGAUUGCCCAUGUCACAGGGCUGAAGCCUGGAGAGUUCAUACACACCUUAGGGGAUGCUCACAUAUAUCUGAACCAUGUGGAACCUCUGAAAGUCCAGCUUCAGAGGGAGCCAAGACCUUUCCCCAAGCUCAGAAUUCUUUGUGAAGUUAAAGACAUCAGCGACUUCAAGGCAGAAGAUUUCCAGAUUGAAGAUUAUAAUCCUCAUCCACCUAUUAAAAUGGAGAUGGCUGUCUAAUGGUAUAAACCAGCCUUAAAUAUUAAUGUGGAAAUGUACCUAAGCUACUUAGUUUCUCUAAAGUGGCGGGGCUUUUAUGUACUUCAAAAGGUAUUUACUUUUUUGUUAAAUAGUCACAGACCAGAUUUGCCUUCAGUGCUGCUUCCCUGUAGUUGUACAGGACAGAUGAUUAUUCCUGAUAUGCCAUGCAGAUGUUAACCCAGUUUUAAGUUGUUAGAGAGCUGCUUUUCUACACUUUGUUUCAGUUACCACUGGCCAUUUCUGUUACCAUUCAUUUACUGUGUGUGAGUAGCACGGGGUUAUGUGCUUGAUUUGGUUAUUUACUGAAACUAAGAACUUGUAUGUGUGACAGAGGAUUCCUUCAAGGCAGCAGAAAUCGUUAAAUAUAUUCUGAAGAGUGUAUGUUUAAUAAAGCUUUUUUAAAAAACAUCUUCUGGAAGGCAUGAUGCAUAUUUAAUUUUGGGUUUUUUUUUUUUUUAAUAGUUAGUAAAAAAGGGUUGAAAAGCAAAGUGUCUUGGAGGGUAACAUCUGGCAAGGAAAAACAAACUUUCCAUGGUCUUCACAGAUGAACAUCAGGAAGGCUAAAUAUUUUAAUGUAACUUUGCUGGAAAUGCAAUCUCUGCAUAAUGUCCCUGUAG